AAGGAGAAUAUGUUACCGAGGAGACUCCCAACCCUUGUGGGACGAGCUCUUGCUCGUUCUAAAAUCAAUUGCAUGCCAGCCACUUCAAUUAUCCUUCGUAAUUAUGCUUCGAAAGAACCGUUUCCGGUCAAGAGCAAGGUCGUGCACCGCUCCCCAGAAGACGAAGCAAUAGAAUCAAGAAAGAAAGGGCUUCCUAAAUGGUUCCAUUGGGUGCUUUACAAACAAUCGGAAACAUACAAGAAGCGUAUGUUUAGAAUAUAUUUGGCCUCCUUUGGGUCCCUUGCCAUUUUGCUUUACUUUUACAUGAGAGAUCGUUUCUAUGAACAUCUUCAACUUAUUGAUAUCAAGAAGAAGUACCAGGAAGACCCUAAGAGCUUGAGUGAAUAUGAGUAUCUCAUGCUUAAAAACGCCGGAAAUGAUAAGUUGAGACCUUUGGAAUUGAAAAAGUUCAAGUAUUACUCUUUGAUGCGUAAGGAGUUUAGAAGAAAGAAUAUUGCCAACAAGGACUAUGUCUUCAAUCCUACUCCACAGGAAUUAGAGGAUUGGUAUAGUAAACAAGCUGUCAUUAGAAAGGAGGUUGUAAUUCCUGAAUUAGAUGGAACUCCCUUGGAUCUUGAACAAACCAACUCUAAAAACGCCAGACAUAUUGUGCCACCUCAAGAUACUACUGCCUUUUAUGAAGGUAAAGCUAAGGACUAUGAUGAUGCCGUUAAAUGGGAAGAAAGGGGUAUCUUUAUGGGUCUGAAAAGAGAUUGGGUAAUGAAGAAGCUCAAGGGUGAUGUCCUUGAAGUUGCUUGUGGUACGGGUAGAAACAUCCCUUAUAUUCGUACUGACAAGAUCAACUCGAUUACUUUCCUUGAUUCUGCUAGAAAUAUGGUUGAGAUUACCAGAGAAAAGUUUCACGAAAGAUUUCCUAAAUUCCAUAAGGUGUCCUUUACUGUGGGUAAAGCUGAAGACUUGAUUGACUUAACUGAAGGUAACGAACAACUUAGAUACGAUACCAUCGUUGAAUCCUUUGGAUUAUGUGCUCAUGAAGACCCUGUGAAGUCAUUGAAGAAUAUGGCCAAGUUGUUGAAACCAAGAGGAAGAAUUGUCUUGUUGGAGCAUGGAAGAAGCAAGUACGAUUUUAUCAACAAAUACUUGGACACCAGAAGUGAAAAGAGAAUGGAAACAUGGGCAUGUAGAUGGAAUUUGGAUAUUGGGGAAUUAGUUGAUGAAGCUGGUUUGGAUAUCACUCUUGAGAAGAGAGCCCACUUUGGAACCACAUGGAUGUAUGUACUUAAACGUCCAGAAGACCCAAUUGAAAUUAAUGAAAAGCCAUUCUGGAAUAAAUUGUGGGGAACUGAUGUCUAUGAAAUAAAAAAGUAAGUAAUAUGUAUAUAACUGACAUGUAAAUAAACGAUGUAUAUUGGGAUAGGGGUGAUGUAGGAAAGGCUAUUUACACGUGGCACUAUAAGUAUACACCUUCUUCAGAUUCUUGUUCAUUUGUUUCUGGAACAUCGAUUGUUUCCUCCUUUUUAUCGCAUACAUUUGUGAUGUCUUUUUGGACAACCUCGCUAAUCAAUUUCUCCUCUUCGUCUGAUUUCAUCUUUUCAUCUAAAAUACCUCGGGCUACUAACUCGUCAUUGAUGGCCGAAAUUCGAGCAACUUUAUCUAGAAUAACGCCUUUAUUUUCAAGAACUGUUUCCUUAUAAAAUUUUAUAUCAUUCAAAUCCUCGUUGGUCUUUAUUUCUUUCCUGUGAAGUAGGUGGAUCUCCAGAUCUAACUCAUUGUUGGUUUCAACAAGGUGUAAAAGUAAUGACCUUUGUUCUUGUUUUUGAUCUUGUAGUUCAGCUUCAGAGAUCUUUGAAAUUCUAACUUUAAAUUCCUCUAACGUGAGGGGUAUUGAAUUGUCCAUUGUGCUUAUGUGUUGGUAGGAUUCAAUAGUGUUACUAAAAUGACAAACUUUAUUUGCUUUUUUCGAAUUUGCCAUUGAUCGUAAAUUGGCGCUACCAUAUUGUGCUUCUUGAAAUAUAUAAAAGUUGAUUAUUAGACAACAUGUCAUAAUUCAU